AGUCUCACUCUUGGUACAGGAAAAUAUUUUUGCCUUCAGUUUGCAAGCAAGCCACCAUGUCCCUGCCAGAGAUGGAUCAGUAUCUUUUAGAUGUCCAGGUUUAUUUCACAGCCAAGGAAUGGGCAAUGUUCAGCAGUUAUGAGAGAAUUUGUAUCAAGAACGUCAAAGAAAACUAUGAGAUGGUGAACAAAGUUGGAUUACAGGUCAAUCCACCUAUGUUUAUGCAACGUCAGCAAGACAUAAAACUAGAGAUCAAAGAGGAAAAUGAUAGCGAGGAUGAGGAAAUGACGUUAGAACCUUCCCAUGUACUUGUCAAUGAUGAAAAGCCAGAUGACAUAAAGGAGAACAACUUACAUGAAGAGAGUACAAACCAUUUCACUAUUAAAGUGGAGACUGAGUAUGAUGAUGAUGGGAAUCUGCUUAAUGCUCAUGAUAUCGGAGGAGAGGGAAUCAUCGGACUAAUUCUCGCUACCCCAAAUAGCGAUUUCGCCGAGAUCCGGGAAAAAUCCCUGUAACGCGCAUUGCAUUAUGGGAUAGCUUUUCGGUAUUACAACUUCCUGUUCGGAAGUCCAAUGCACUGUUUUGCCAUUGAGAUCAACAGUGCCGUCAUCCACAACACAACGUUGCUUUCGCUCGGAAAGUUCGUGAUCACAACCCUCUCUUUCACGAUACAGUUUAACGGCCUUUUCUGCUAAAGUCACUAAUUCUGCCCGACGCUUUCCAUUGCACGGUAUUCCUCUGUCAGUUAAGAUUUUUUUAAGUUCCGAAACUGAUUUUUUAUCCAUUUUGUAAACGGAAUGAAUGCUGUAGUGUAUAUAUUUAGCGUCUAGUCGAAUACGAUCGUGAUGUCAGGCCGGUCGCUAAAUGCAAAAUUGUAAGAUAUUCAUUUUUUGUUUUAUUUUUUAUAACCAAAUAAAAACAUGAAUAAAAAUUAUUUUCACGUGAAAUAUAUAUUUUAUUUUUAUUUAUAAUUCAAAUGGAAUCAAAACUGACCAAAUUAAACAAAAUGUAUUAAAAUAUGUACAUAUUACGCUGAUUGGCAUCGAUUUCAGCGUGGUGGAAAACUCGUAUCGCGAACCUCGCGCGAGUAUGCAUUACUCUGAACCGGAAGUGGUGAUGACGACCCGACGGAGUGAAAAUUAUCUCGUCUCGCGCAUUAUGAGAUUUUUGUUCCUAUUUGGGGUAGCGAGAAUUGAAUGGAAGGACUAUGAUGAAGCUAUCCAGACACAAUCCAAUCCAGCAUCAGGUGAUGAGAGGUCAGGGGAUCUCAGGACUCAGUCAUGUGAUCAGAGGACAGAACAAACUUUGAUAGAAGUAGCUGCAGGGGGUGACCAGACUUCCAAGCAAUCAGGUGAUCUCAGAACCCAGUCAGGUGAUCUCAACUCUCAGUCAUGUGAUCAGAAGACAGAACAAACUUUGAUAGAAGUAGCUGCAGGGGGUGACCAGACUCCCAAGCAAUCAGGUGAUCUCAGAACCCAGUCAGGUGAUCUCAACUCUCAUUCAUGUGAUCAGAAGAAAGCACAAACUUUGAUAGAAGUGGCUCCAGGGGGCGACCAGACUCCAAAGCAAUCCCGCCCACCGUAUUCAAAAGUGGAGGGAAGAGAUGAUGGACAGAAUGGAACACUCUCAGAUUCUGGAAUCUACCGAUGUGAGUUCUGUGGAUCAUUCUAUGCUAUUCCUCUCAUCUUAUCAAGACAUCUCAAGUACAAACAUGGGGUUGAUAAUAUCGUCUUUCCAUCGUAUGCAUCGCAUGAAGGCUUUCUACAGAUUGUUGAUGGAGAAAUACAGAAACCUGCCUAUAAAUCGAAUGACUUUGAACUGGGUGAUGAGGGGAUUUUGAAAGAAGGAAAUGAAGUAAAUAUGACAGUUGAGUGUAAGCCACGUAUAGAUUCAUAUUUUGCAUCAUGCCAGGAAGUUAUUGACAAUGAGAAGUUCUUUGUAUGUGAUCAAUGUGGUAAGGCAUUUAGUCAAUCUUAUAAUCUCACAUUACAUAAACAAAUCCAUACAGGUGAGAAACGGUUUGUAUGUGAUCAGUGUGGUAAGGCAUUUAGUCGAUCUGGUCAUCUUGCAAGACAUAAACAAAUCCACACAGGUGAGAAGCCAUAUGUUUGUGAUCAGUGUGGUAAGGCAUUUUGUCGAUCUAGUGAACUAACAAGACAUAAACAAAUCCACACAGGUGAGAAGCCGUUUGUUUGUGAUCAAUGUGGUAAGGCAUUUUGUCGAUCUAGGGAACUAACAAGACAUAAACAAAUCCACACAGGUGAGAAGCCGUAUGUUUGUGAUCAGUGUGGUAAGGCAUUUUGUCAAUCUAGCGGUCUAACAAGACAUAAACAAAUCCACACAGGUGAGAAGCCGUAUGUUUGUGAUCAGUGUGGUAAGGCAUUUUGUCAAUCUAAUGAUCUAACAAGUCAUAAACAAAUCCACACAGGUGAGAAGCCGUAUGUUUGUGAUCAAUGUGGUAAGGCAUAUAAUCGGUCAAGUAAUCUCAGAAGACAUAAACAAGUCCACACAGGUGAGAAGCCGUAUGUUUGUGAUCAAUGUGAUAAGGCAUUUCGUCAAUCUAGCGAACUAACAAGACAUAAACGAAUCCACACAGGUGAGAAGGCGUAUGUUUGUGAUCAAUGUGGUAAGGCAUUUUGUCAAUCUAGUGAACUAACAAGACAUAAACGAAUCCACACAGGUGAGAAGCCGUAUGUUUGUGAUCAAUGUGGUAAGGCAUUUUGUCAAUCUAUUGAACUAACAAGACAUAAACGAAUCCACACAGGUGAGAAGCCUUAUGUUUGUGAUCAAUGUGGUAAGGCAUUUUGUCAAUCUAGUGUACUAACAAGACAUAAACGAAUCCACACAGGUGAGAAGCCGUAUGUUUGUGAUCAAUGUGGUAAGGCAUUUUGUCGAUCUAGUGAUCUAACAAUACAUAAACAAAUCCACACAGGUGAGAAGGCGUAUGUUUGUGAUCAAUGUGGUAAGUCAUUUUGUCAAUCUAGUAAACUAACAAGACAUAAACAAAUCCACACAGGUGAGAAGCCGUAUGUUUGUGAUCAAUGUGGUAAGGCAUUCAAUCGAUCAAGUGCUCUCAGAAUACAUAUACGAGUACAUACAGAUGUGAAUCCAUAUGUGUGUGAUCAAUGUGGUAAGGCAUUUUGUCAAUCUAGUAAUCUCAGAAGACAUAAACGAAUCCAUACAGAUGUGAAUCCCUAUGUGUGUGAUCAAUGUGGUAAGGCAUUUUGUCAAUCUAGUGAUCUAACAAGACAUAAACAAAUCCACACAGGUGAGAAGCCGUAUGUUUGUGAUCAAUGUGAUACGGCAUUUCGUCAAUCUAGGGAUCUAAGAAGACAUAAACAAAUCCACACAGGUGAGAAGCCGUAUGUUUGUGAUCAAUGUGAUAAGGCAUUUCGUCAAUCUAGGGAUCUAAGAAGACAUAAACAAAUCCACACAGGUGAGAAGCCGUAUGUUUGUGAUCAAUGUGGUAAGGCAUUUAGUCAAUCUUGUCAUCUAGUAAGACAUAAACAAAUCCACACAGGUGAGAAGCCGUAUGUUUGUGAUCAAUGUGAUAAGGCAUUUCGUCAAUCUAGUGAUCUAACAAUACAUAAACAAAUCCACACAGGUGGGAAGCUGUAUGUUUGUGAUCAAUGUGGUAAGGCAUUUUGUCAAUCUAGUGAUCUAACAAGACAUAAACGAAUCCAUUCAAGUGGAGAAACCCAUAACGAAAAUAUAGAGUAUUUCUAAAGCACCAAACCUACAUUGAUUAUGUGCUCAAGGGCCAAGGCACUGUGUGCGAUCAAUGUGGUAAGGCAUUUAAUCGAACAAGUGCUCU